GAUUAUGCGACUAGAAGAAGUGAAAGGUGCUGAUGUGGAUAAUACGUACAGAGACGACAAACAGGUUGUAAACUAUGCAGAAAAUGAACGCGGGAAUCCAUUAAAUCUUAUAAGAGCAUAUGAGGCCCUUGCUAUUAAACCAUUUAUUAAGCCAAGCAGAGUUACGGGAACUAGAUGGUUACCUCAUACAGAAAGGACACUUGAAGCUUUCUGGACAGGCUGUACUGUAAUCAGAACACAUUUAGACCAGAAUUUCCAAUGA